UGGUUCGAGGUGGUUUCGGACGGGAACUCACCGGUCCAGAUAGAAAGAGACUCCGGACGCGUGUACUUGGCGUUUCGUUUGAUGUCAACAGCCGAGGUCAUGGUCAAAAUCCACAACAUGAGAGGUGAUGAAUGGUACCUGUGCUGGCUGACUCUGACCCUCCCCAACCUGUCAGAUGUGCAGUGGGCCAUGUUCCCCUACCCCUACCUGGCAGCUGUAGGUCCUGACACUGGUGCUGGCUCUGUGGUCUACAAGCUCGUGGCCCGAAGUGGAGAUGGCUCCAUGGGAACAGCUCACUUCCUUUUAGUUGAUGGUGGAGAUGAUUCAUUUGAAGUGGACAGAGUAACAGGAGAAGUGAAGACCACAGGGCGACCUCUGACCCCCAGUAAGGAGUACACACUGACCGUCCAGGCUGUAGACUCGCAGGGCAGGAGGGGUCCGCACGCCUCUGUGUUCAUACUAGCUGGCUUCCGGCCCCCUCAGUUCACCAACACCACCUACACGAUCUACAUCCCAGAGAGCACUGGGGUGGGCCAAGCGGUGGCGGUGGUCCAGGCUAUCUCUUUCCAGAGGAAGACUCUGUCUUAUAUGCUGCUGGUGAACCCAAGCAACCUGUUCAGCAUAAACCAAGAGAGUGGUGCACUCAGCCUGACACGCACUGUGGACUUUGAGAGUGGACAACAUCUCCAUCACCUGCAAGUCAGAGUUUCCGAACCAGAUACAGGACUGAGCAACAUGGCAGAAGUGGUGGUUCACAUCACAGAUGAGAAUGACUGCACACCCGAAUUUAUGCACUCCAUUUACAGUCGAGACAAUGUCCCUGAGACCACCCCUACUGGCACAUCCUUACUGCAGGUUCUGGCACGGGACUGUGAUACGGGCCUGAAUGCAGAACUGUCCUACUUCAUCCAGAGUGUGGACUUUGACAUCUCAUCUCAGGGAGUGGUGAGCCCCAGUCAGAGGCUGGACUAUGAGAGACCCAACCACAUGUACGAGUGCACAGUGGUGGCCGUGGACAAGGGAGCGCCCCCUCGCACAGGCACAGCCUCCAUCCGAAUCCGCAUGACCAACGUCAACGAUGAAGCCCCUGUCUUUUCACAAACUAUAUAUAAAACCUUUCUUUCAGAAGAUGCCGGCCCGGAAACGCUAGUGGCCAUUGUGCACGCCAAAGACCCAGACGGGGAUGGCGUAACGUAUGCCAUCACUGGGGGUAACGAAGACAGCAAUUUUGAGCUGGACAACCAGAAGGGCAUCAUCAAACUGCGGCGUAGUCCUCCUCCUAAACUGCGCGGGCCUCAGUAUGUCCUCAAUGUCACGGCGACUGAUGACAACGCAGCCAGUGGGCCACUCCCCCUUAGCAGCUCCGCCCAGGUCAUCGUUGGCAUCAAUGACAUCAACAACAACAAGCCAGUAUUUGAUGAGUGCCAUAACUACAGCGUGAAUGCACUGGUCCUGGAGAAUCAGCCCCCAGGGACUUUUGUUCUGCGCAUGCAGGCUCACGACGCCGACACUGGGGUCAACGGGGAUAUAUAUGUGAAAUUUCUUUUUUUAAUUUUUAAUUUCUCUCUUAAAUUUUUAAUUGUUCAGAUGCAAAACAGAGUGACUUCAAUUUGCAAUUCACCAAUGAGUUGCAUCUAUGUGCAUUGUAUGUGUUGUGCAGGUUUGAUCAGUACGGCGGUAAGUUUUGAUCGAGAGAGGCAGCGAGAGUAUACACUCUCGGUCACGGCUACGGAUCAAGCACAGGAACCCCUCAUCGGCAUCUGUCAGAUCACUGUCCUCAUCGCUGACCAGAACGACAACGACCCCAAGUUUGAGAACAGCCGCUACCAAUACUUCCUGCGAGAGGACACACCAGUUGGGACAAGCUUCCUGAGGGCGGCGGCUCAUGAUGAUGACCAGGGCACCAAUGCGGCCAUCACCUACUCUCUGUCCCAGCAGAGCCCAGCUUACUUUCAUAUCAACCCCAGCACAGGAUGGAUCUACGUCUACCACCCUAUCUCACAGACAUCACGGAUCAGCCAGCAGAUCAUUGCUACAGACGGAGGGAGUCGGAGCAGCUCGGUCGAUCUCACUGUCAUCAUCACCAAUGUGCACAACCAGCCCCCGCAGUGGGAACAGGCAGAAUAUUGGGUCACGAUCCCGGAGAACACACCGCGCGACACCAAAAUAGUGACCAUCAAGGCGACGUCCCCUCUUGGUGACCCCAGGGUGACUUACAACCUGGAGGAGGGUCAGGUUCCUGAGACCAACAUGCCCGUGCGCUUCUACAUCAAGCCUAACCGGAGGGACGGUUCUGCCUCUAUCCUGGUGGCAGAGAAUCUGGACUAUGAGACCACGCGUUUCUUUACGCUCCGAGUGCGUGUACAGAAUGUGGCGGCUGUACCACUAGCUUCCUUCACCACUGUCUAUGUCAACAUCACAGAUGUAAACGACAAUGUUCCCUUUUUCAUGUCAUCCACAUAUGAGGCGACGGUCCCAGAGGGUGCGGAGAUUGGCACAUCAGUUGCUCAGGUCUCAGCAACUGACCUGGACUCUGGUCUCUAUGGAAUGAUUAACUACAUCAAUCUGAAGGAUCAAAGUGGGGACUCACAGUUCUUUAGCAUUAAUUCCUACACGGGCAUCAUCCACACCCGGGCCACCUUCGACCGUGAGCAGAAAGGCUCCUACUUGAUUGAGGUCCAGUCUCAGGACAGCUCAGAGUCGGCCCGACCCGGUCAGCAGGGUCAACCUAACACAGACACAGCCUACGUGAGGGUUUUUGUCACAGAUGUAAAUGACAAUGCUCCAGCCUUCUCUCAGCCUGUAUAUGAGAUCAGUGUGGAGGAAGACAAAGAAGUGGGCUUUGUGGUCAUUACCGUUACAGCUAACGAUGAAGAUGAAGGUGCCAAUGCCCAACUUCGGUACCAGAUUACCUCUGGGAACACCAUGGGCACAUUCGAUGUGGAGCCAGAGGUUGGCACGAUCUUCAUUGCCCAGCGGCUAGACUAUGAGCAGGUGCAGCGCUAUGAGUUACGGCUGGUUGCGUCGGAUGGAAAAUGGGAAAACCAGACAAUGGUUGUCAUUAAUGUCAUCAACCAAAAUGAUGAGGCACCCCUUUUCACUCAGACUGAGUACCACGCCAGCGUCAUGGAGGAACUUACAGAGCUUCCUGUCCUUGUAUUUGAGGUCUCAGCCACGGAUCCAGAUCAGGAGGCGGACCAGCGUGCGGUGCGGUAUUCUCUACACGGGCAGGGAGCUGGUAACGAAUUCACCAUAGAUGAGAUGAAUGGUAGGAUCUUCGCCAAACGUCGUUUAGAUCGCGAGGUCCGCUCAGCCUGGCAAUUCAUGGUACUUGCCACUGAUGAGAAUGGGGCAGGUCUUACCGGGUUUGCUGAUGUUCUAGUCGAAGUGCAGGAUAUGAAUGACAACGCACCUGUCUUCCUGUGUGCAACAGACAACUGCUUUUUGGGUCACGUGCCUGAGAACUCCCCAGCGGACACUUCCAUAAUGGAGAUGCGGGCCACCGACCUAGAUGAUCCAAAAGCUGGGAAGAAUGCUAUCCUUACCUACAGAAUUGUGCAGAAUGUGCGCAAUGAGAUCAAUCUUAACCUCUUCUCCAUCAACCCAGCCACAGGCACUAUCUAUACUGUUUUGCGCUCUUUGGACAGGGAAGUGGUGGAUCGAUACCUUGUUGUGGUAGAAGCUCGUGAUGGAGGAGGACUUUCGGGGACAGGAACAGCCACCAUCGUAGUUUCCGACGUCAAUGACCAUCCUCCGGUGUUCACCCAGAGAGUCUACAUGGCCUCUAUGCCAGAAAACUUGGACAUCAACAGCGAGGUAGUGGUAGUGGCUGCCACCGAUGGUGAUGAAGGUGAAAAUUCAGUCAUGGCGUUCAGCAUCAUUGGUGGAGAUGAAGACCGCAAAUUCUUCAUUGAGACUGACAAGGUGAACCGCCGUGGCAUAGUGAGGCUGAAGAAGAAGAUUGACUUUGAGAAGCCACAUGAGCGCACAUUCAACCUGACGGUCAAAGUGGAGGAUGCUGACUUCUUUAGCCUGGCCUACUGCAUCAUUCAGGUGGAAGACUCCAAUGACCACACUCCAGUCUUCUUCCCACAGUUCUACGAAGCAGGAUCCAUGUUCGAGGACGUUCCAGUAGGCACCAUCGUGGCACAGGUGACAGCAGUGGAUCUGGACUCUGGACAAAAUGGGAGGUUCACAUACAGCAUCGCCCCAGAAUCCGACCCCUUUCAGCAGUUCCUGGUAGAUAAGAGUGGUUGGGUUGUGGUAGCUGACUCUCUGGACAGGGAGAAGGUGUUUCAACAUAGGCUUAUGAUCCUGGCCACAGACAUGGGCAGCCCUGCUCUGACUGGCUCUGCCAUUGUGCUAGUGACCGUACAAGAUGUCAAUGACAAUGGACCAGAGUUUGAGGCUCCAUAUCGGCCCAUUGUGUGGGAGAACACUAUUGCGCCACAGGUCAUUCACAUGAACGAUACAUCCAUUCUGUUGCAUGUUAUUGACAGAGACACGUCAUCCAACGGAGGGCCUUUUUCCAUCCGUCUGCUGAUGCUGACCUCUGUUGUUACUAAUUUCAACUUGACUGAUCUGCGGAACGGCAGUGCCAUGAUAACCGCUCUCCGCAGCUUUGACCGGGAACAGCAGAAGCAGUAUCUUCUCCCCAUCCUGAUGAUUGACAGCGGCUCACCACCAAUGAGCUCCACCAGUACACUCACCGUCAUAAUUGGAGAUAAAAACGACCAUCCCCAUGCACCUGGACACAGCGAGUUCAUAGUGUACAACUUACAGGGUACACUCCCCAUGACGGUGCUUGGACAGGUUCAAUCCCCUGACCUUGAUGAUUGGAGCGAGAAGGUUUACAAGUUCGAAGGCAAACCCCCCAGGCAAUUCAGCCUGAACCAAAACACCGGUCAGCUGAGCAUCCGAGAGGGAACACCAGCUGGAUUCUACAGCAUGCAGGUGAGGGUGGCAGAUAAGAGCUGGCCUGACGUCACCUCAUCAGCUGAGGUCAUGGUGAUGGAGCUGGAGGAGGAGGAGCUGAGGAAUGCUGGGUCAAUCAGACUGGCCAACCUGACUGCAAAUGAGUUUUUCCAAGCAUCAACGAAUGAGGAGAGCCGAUACAUGCGUCUCCGCCGCCUCUUGUCCGAGCUCUUCCAGACUGAUAUGGAGAACGUUGACAUCUUUAGCCUGGCCAGUGGCAGCCAGCCAAUGCAGCAUCACCUCAGCGUGUGGUUUGCCGCCCAUGGCUCGCCAUACUACAAGCCCGAGAAACUCCACGGCUACGUGGCAAUGCACAGAGCUAAGUUGGAGUCCGCUCUGGGUGUGACAAUUCUACAGGUGGGGGUGGACGAGUGCGCCUAUGCAGCGUGCGGUCAGACAGGUGGCUGCUCUAGCAAGGUGACAUUCAGUAACACCCCUAAAACACUGAACAAUGGGAAUGUCUCUUUGGUGUCCGUCUCAGCCAAAGCGAGCGCUCAGUGUGGCUGCCUUGCUCGAGAGCGCGUUCACCUGCACUGCUCUUCAUACUCACAAAACCCUUGCCUGAAUGGAGGCACCUGUGUGGAUAGUGAACUAGGCUACAGGUGUAAAUGUCCCCCUAUGUUUGAUGGACCAGAAUGCCAGCAAACCAAGCAGAGUUUCCUUGGCAAUGGUUAUGCUUGGUUCUCUCCCAUAAGGCCUUGCUUCCAGAGCCACAUCUCUCUGGAGUUCAUCACAGAGGCAGGCAAUGGCCUGCUGUUCUACAAUGGCCCAAUGGGAACACCUCAGCCUGGAGAAAAAGAGGACUUCAUUGCACUGGAGCUGAAAAAUGGAGUUCCUGUGCUGAGCGUGAAUCACGGCUCGGGGACUCUAACACUGCAGCUGUCCGCGAGAGCCACUGUCACGGACCGCCGCUGGCAUCACCUCGACAUCAUCAGCGACGGCAAGACUGUCCAGAUGAUUCUGGACCACUGCUCUGGUGCCAUGGUGAACGAGGUGGAAGGCCUGGGAGUUGAGAUGUUUGAGACUGAUCAGUCGGUGUGCAAGGCCUCCGGAGAGACGCCAGGCAGUGAAAGGUUUUUGGAUGUCUACCAACCUCUCCAGUUGGGUGGGGUUAAAGAGACACACUCACUCCGUAGGUCACACCCCCAUUACAAAGGAUUUGUGGGAUGUGUGAGGAACCUGGUGGUGGAUAGUCAGGUGUACGACCUCGGCAGCGCAGCAGAGAGCAAGAACAGUGCCCCGGGAUGUGCCCUAACAGAUGGUGUGUGUCUGACCACUGGAGGACCCUCCUGUGGGGUCCAUGGGAAAUGUCUGGGGGAAUGGGGCUCCUUCAGCUGUGAUUGCCACCCUGGAUAUAGCGGACACAAGUGUGACAAAGCCCUUCCUGAGUGGUCGUUUGAGAAGGACGGUGUGCUGAGGUACCAGCUGAGAGGUGGAGGAAGUCCACGCAAAACCCAAGCGCACUUCCUGCUGAGAACCCGCUCCUCCAUGGGCAGCCUGCUCAGCAUGGCCUCACGUGACGCCAACGAGUUCAUUAUCCUGGAAAUAGUAGAUGGGUACCUCACUGUCCGUGCUAACCUUGGGGACUGCACUCACUCUCUGAAGUUAGCAAGUCAUCGCGUGAACCACGGCCAGUGGGUCUUCCUCAGCCUUCAUCGCCAUGACAACAUCUUUACCCUGCGACUGGAGCAGGGUGGGGGUUCACGGGAGGUCACAGGGGUCCUGGGUCAGAAAAAGGAAAUAGUAGUUCACCCCUCCAGUGUGUUUCUGGGAAACAGCGCCACUCCAAAUACACAGGGAGACUUUCAGGGCUGUAUGCGGGAUGUAAGACUGAACGGUCACUCUCUGCCGCUGGAUGGUCAGGGCACAGAGUUCAGUACUGUACUGAAGCGCCGUGGGGUCGUGCCCGGCUGCCACUCUGACGCCUGCAGUGCCAAACCCUGCCUGAGUCCACUGUACUGCGUCGACCUGUGGAGGAAACACGAGUGCAGGUGUCCAGCCAAUCAGGUUGCAGUGGUGGAUGAGGUCACAGGUCUUUUACAUUGCGCCCCGUCCCCCUGCGGCCCCACCACAUGUCGUAAUGGUGGCACCUGCCUGGCUCACUCCACCAAGAGCUACCAGUGCCGCUGUCCAGAGGGCUUCAGAGGCCAGUGGUGUGAGAUCGGCCGGGUCAAAUCUCUCCAUCUCACAGCGCUCAGUCCGAGCUCCAUCCUAGCCAUCAGCAUGUGUCUGCUCGUCUUUUUUGCCGUGCUUGUGACGGUGACCGUAUGGAAUCAGAAGGGCAGUCGGAAUAAGUUCCGCAAGCGAGGUGUUUACCACAUCCCAGCGGAGCACGAGAGCUGGGAGGACAUCCGGGAGAACAUCCUCAACUACAACGAGGAGGGAGGAGGAGAGCAGGACCAGAACGCCUAUGACAUCACUGAGCUGAAGAGGCCGCUGUGUUCCAGCUUGUCCCAGUCCUCCUCCUGUACCACAGCCCCCCUCAUCAAGUCGUCCCAGGGCUCUCAGGAGGAGGUCCAUCCCUGCGGAAACAUCACCAAUGGAGUCACCCUUCCCUACCACCACAAUGCCAGCUGCAGCGGUCACUGCUCCAUGGACUUCAAGAGCUACGUGUCGCGCAUCAUCUGGGAGGCUGACAAUGACAGCCUGGCAUUGCCCAUGGACACCUACCACGUGUACUGCAUCGAGGGAAUGGGCUCCAGUGCGGGCAGCCUCAGCUCGCUGGGAUCGGCCAUUUCAGAGGAGGCCUUCACCUACGACUCCCUGCGGCACUGGGGCUCCAAGUUCGAAGCCCUCAGCGAGCUUUAUCGAGGACCGGAGCUGGCCGUCCCCUACAUGAACACGGUGCAAAGCCAAAGCCAGGAACAACAACAAUAACUGGACGACUUCAAGCCCAGCGUUUGUUUUUGUGUUAGUGUUUUAUAGCCUUUAUAGGGUUCCAGUUUGAACGCUACAAAAACGUGUCCUAAGAAAUGGUUUCUGUUCAUUUGUGAUAGUCACACAGCUUUAAGGGUGAGGAGCAGCUGAGGUUAGAGAAAUGUUUUGUUUUAUUUAUUGAGUAAAAUAUUAAAUGUACUGUAUUUAUUUUUGCUCUGAUAGGGAACAAAGCCAGUGAAUCAUCAGGACUUCGCCACCAUGAACAUGGUAUAUGGUCACAUCCAGCGUGUCACAACUAAGGUGCGUUUCAGUAAACACACGUGACUAACAUUGCGUUCCAUCUGACUCCGAAAUUUCCAGCUUGCUUAGUGGAAAUGCGCAUUAGAAUGCCACUUUAUGUAAGAUUUCCAUCUUAGAAGCUUGCGCGGAACUUUGAUUUGCCAAAAUGUG